GCCGCAGAUCUCGUUGAGCCGUCGAGUAAGUCACACGCCUUUUUGCAUAUCCGAGCUCGCCAGCGGCAGCCCCGAGUUGGUGAACAAGUUGUGUCGUGAGUUCGAGUUGAGUACAGGCUAGAACGAGUUUUCGUUGUUUACGAUCUUUCGCGUUGAUUCGCGUGGUAGUGGUGCAGACACUAAGUGCAGGAGAAGGUGAAGUGGCGCCAGACGCAAAUUUCCAGUGAAUCAGAUAUUCAGUGGGUCAGCUCGGUUUAGUGCAGUUUUUUGCGAGAACGUUUAAGAGUGAAGAACACGCUGGAGAAGGUUAAGGUCAUGGGCACGAUGAUCCGGCGAAACAGUUUGAACAUUUCGUUCGGCAAGUGGCGAACGAACUCCAGUCCAGGAUCGGUGGAGAACGGGCCACCCGGAUCACCCUCGCCGCCCGUUGUCACACGGAAGGGUUCAUCGUCGUUUGGAAGUUCGGUAGCGAUACAGAAGCUCCGCGAGUCCAAGUGGUUCGACGCCGGCGAGGAACGCAUCUUCUGCGCCGUCAUCGAGGACGGAUUCCUGGUGGAACUGCGCCAUCCGGUCACCGGCGAGAGUUGGUACGGCGUUGCGGCCAUCGAAGCGAAGAAAUCGAUAAAACCAACCGCAGCCAACAUCAAGAUCUACUCCGUCAAGCUAUCCGACAGUAGCAGCAACAAGCGGCUCAAAAUCUACAACACCUCGCUCGACCAGCUGUGGGCCCAGGGCUACCGGAUCCGGAUCAACAAUCUGUGCGACAAGGCCAAGAAACCGCACAGCGAGAAGGACAUCUUGGCACAGAUCAAGUACGCCACCAAAACCAAGAUGGCAUUCCACAACAGUCAGCACUUUGUCGAGUUCUGUCGGUACGGUGACCGGCCCCAGGACAACCGGAAGCGACAAGUAAGUGUACUGUUGAAGCGACUCGAGAAAGCACUGGACGGAGCGCAGCCCUAUUUCUGACAAGUGGGAGUGAGCGGGAGAGAGAGAAAGAGAGAUCUCGGAGUGUGCCAAGUGGGGCGGAACCAACAUGGGCGCCACCAUCAUCUACUUUGCCAUGCAAACCCGGAACUCCAAGUAGCGAUGUAGCGGGCGGCUACUACUGCUGCGCAGGUGGACAUUAAUGCGAAUGCAAAUUACCAUUGAAAGUAAUUAGUGUUCAGUGCAUAUAAUAGUUUUAUAAGAGCGAGCUCUAAACAACAGUGUAGCUAGUCCUGGUGUCCAAGGUGCGUAGAAGCCUUGCACACCGUGCGCAAAAUAAAAGACGUGACUGUAUUACUAAGAUUUUGUCCUAGGGUAAGGAGCAGAAGUGACGAAAGAUUGUUGCUUGAGGCGAAAUAGCUUUAACGUUACUGUAAGAUAAACUUUUACUUUUUGUAUUACUAAGUAAUGACAUAUUUGUUCUACAUUCAUUUUACAUUAAGAAGCUAAAGUCGUACUGUAAGUAUAUUUGAAACAUGAAAAAGUAUAUUUUAUAAAAUUAAUGGAAGUUGUAUGGAUUCAGUUUCUAAACUGAACAUGAGAUGAUCUUCAAGAAUCUAUAUUAUUUACACGACAUCUCGUUAUGGAUUUCCUUUCAAAUAAAUCAAUGUGCCAAAUUAUUUGAAUAAUACAUAACUUGUUCUAUUCCUAAUGAUGUAUCCGAAAAAACACUUCACUAAUUUUUUUAAUAAACAAUAACGGCUUUAAAUAUACCUUUGGUUUCUUGAUGUUGCUUUGCACAGUCCUUAUUGAAUUUCUAAAAUUUUAUUUAAAAAAGAUGUGGUUUUUAAAUAUUAUUUACCGUACCAACCACUUCAAGUUGUUUAUAGAAUAUGGUGUGUAGUGUGUGUAGGGGAAUCGUAAGGAAAGGGAUUGUUGUAUUAUAUAGUAAAUGACCUUGUGACAUUAUUUCACCACUACGGAUUAAUCCACUCAAGGGGUGUCAACCCCUCGGUGGCCGAGUGGCUAGAGCAUCUGACUACCAAUCAAAAGGUGUGAGUUCGAAUCCCACCUGUUUCCAUGCGUUUUUUGUUCUAAUCUAAUCUAAUCUAAUCUAACACAAACGCAGCCAGUCCGAUGAAAGCAUGCUGGAAAGUCUUGUGAUUAGAUGACGCCCCAAGCACUUUUCUUGUCAAUAUUAAUUAUUGCGGUACAUCCGAGAACACCCGAAAAUGUAAUACAAAAAUUAAAGCGGCCAGCCCUACUGCGUUGUGUUUACCGCAGAGAGGAUUCUGUGAACGGAUCACAUUUCACAGAAUCUACAGGGGAGGAAGGAUGCGUGGACAUACCGUACCAAACGCUCCGGAUCAGUUUUGA